UUAAUUAGGUUGGCAUGUCCACACCGCGCGUCCCUUGCAAAAAGAAUUCCUGUACAGAAAACCGGGCUGUUUGUGCGUAUGAAAAAUACAUAAUAGAGUGCGUAAAAACGUUUAUUGAAGAUAAAAAGUGUUCUAUUAUUGUUGUGCGUACAUGUAUGCCAGUGUUUAUGGUAUUUCUAUGUGCGCUACAAAAGUCUAGCUUCAGUUGUCGCUUGCUGCUUCCUUUUUUUUUUCUCUCUCUCUGUCUUUUACUUCUGCACCAAGCGAAAGUUGCAGCCGCCGACGACGAGACUCACACCGCCGCCCACAGACGUAGAGGUUUUUUUUAGCAGCUGCAUUUGCAAUUAAUUGAAUGCUAAAUGUAUAAUGUCGCUGGAUGGCGCGCAAUUGAAUCAUGUGAAUGCUGAUGGCAUUUCAGUGGCAUACCCAGCCAAAGGACGCAAGUUCAAUGUAGGCUCUUUUCUGGGCUCCGAUUUGAUGCUGCCCGAUGCCGAGCGCGUUCACUGCGAGAUACAAUGCGACGCCUUUGGCAGGGUAACCGUCUACAAUUAUUCAGUCAACGAGCCCAUCCUGUUGAACGAUCAGGUUGUGCCGGCGACCGCCAAGCGUCCAUUGGUGCACGGCGCACGCCUUAAAAUACUUAAUGAAUUGUAUACAUGGCAUUUUCCCAAAGUGGAAGACGCGCCUAACACACCGGACCGAAUGCCUCCCGAACAAGCGGCCAACUCAUCGCCAAGCUUGAAAACUCAUCGAGCACGUCGUCAAUUUGAGAAUCGCUUCACCGUGCACAACUUUCGAUAUUCCAUCAAUUCAGACGAUGAGGGUAAUACAUCGAUUGAAACGCCCCCAUUGGAGACCAGCACGAGCAGCAAUGCAGAAACAGAUCCGACAGCUGAAGCAGAAGUGGAACGCUGUGUUACCCCGUCUGUCCAAGAAGUGGACGAGUCACUGCCCAAAGUUGAUUUAGUGAAGGCUACGCAGAACAAGGAGAACACCAGGACGCCUUGUAACAAGCUGAUUCUAGAGUUGUGCGACCGCUCCGAUGUUGUCAUCACAUCGUUUUCUCCACGUGAAACGGGCGUAAAAAUUGAGAAAUCCUUUACGCGCGUCAUCAAGCCCAGCACAGGACUCGGAGUUGGAUUGCUCUCAGCGGCAAAUACGCCGAAGAGCGUUUACAGUACGCCGAAGAGUGUGCUGUCCGAACAGAACGAUGACAGCUGCAGCCGCGACCUAAUGGACUUCAGUACGCCAUCCACGUCGAAAAAGGCGCUGGCUGGCAAACGACAAUCUUCCAUGUAUUUAAUUGACCUAACAACGCCACAACGAUUGCGGCCCACAUUGUCGGCGACGCCCAAGCAGACGCCCGCCAGUGCUGGCGUCAUCAGUGUGGCCUCCACUGAUGAAUCCUCUGACUCGCCGAUGGUCAUAGACAUCACCAAUUUGUCCACGCCGUCAACAUCGUCGGCAACUAUAUCCAAGCAGGACCAACAGUCACGUCUGACUGCCAAGACGCCCAAGGAGCAGAAGCUGGUGGUCAGCUCCACGCCCAGGCGCACGCCACAGUCGCUUAUGAAACGUGCACUGCUCACCAGUGCCAAGAAGCAAUUGCCUGAAGCAAGUAAGAGCAAGCACACGACGCCCGUUCGGCAAUCGCUACUCGAUGCACGUCGUCAGUGCUUGACAGCGCCUCGACGCCUACCCUUCCAUCCGCAACCGCAAUGGCGUACACCGGGUCGUCGCCAAAUGGCCAACACUCCAGUCAAGGCUCCCUUGACAACGCCACGGAAACGUCAAUCGUCCGUCUGCCUGAGCAGUCCGCGCGACAACAAAAUCUCGCAGCUGCGCAAAUCGCUGGCCGCCGCCGCCAAGGUGAGUCCAAGCGUCGGCAUGAGCAACAAGCUGGUGGCUAAGGCCCGUCGUGCUCUCAACUCGCCCAAGCAGAAUUCACCGCAACGCAUCGAAUCGCCCAAAGUGGAUACACCACGUGAAGAGUCCAACGAGCCGGAUCUUGGGCAGAAUCUGUCCUCUGAGUUGAGCCGCACAUUCACCUUAGAUGACGACAAUAGCAACGUAUCCUCAGCAGCAGCUCUGGAAGCGAUGGCUUGCUUAAUAAAUGAUGAUGAAAUGCCUGCCCUGGCACGCAGCAAGCAGUUAAAUUCAUCCCUGAAUGAAGUGAAGCCCAACGACACGAUUCAAAAAGAACUGGAUGAGAGCAACAAUAUAUUUUCGCCCAAUGACGAUGCUAAACGGGAUGAGAUUGGUUCAACCCAAGAAGGCAACCAAAAUCGAACCUUUGAUGCGAAUGUUUCUCAGGAGCUGAAGAAUAAGAGCAUCGAAUCCACGAAAGCAUCGCCUACAAAUGAGAGUUUAAAGAAUCGUGAAGAUGCAGAAACUAUUAACAGUGUUGUACUGCAGGAAACAGCUUCCGAAUUCUCAAAGGACUCAGCUGCAGUUGAUAUCAUUGAGGAUAACAUCUGCGAGGAAGUGACGCCAACAACCACAUAUCAAGAAGCAGAAGCCGUUGAUAACUUGGUCGAGGACUCAAUUUGCGAGGAGGUAUGCAUUACCCCGCAGGAUGACGCAAAAGCUGAAGUUCCUGAAGCCUCUCCAGAGGACCAUGUGAAUGAGUUAGCCCAGUCCAGCCAAACUCCAUUAACAAAGCGCGUCACACGACGCUCUUCAAUGGAGUCUAAAGCAGUCGCAGUGACGCCCAGACGCAGUAUGCGCCGAGCAUCCAUUGAGGCCAGUAAUAAACUGGAUGAGCAGUUAUCCAGGCCAAAGCGUCGUGCAUCAUGCUCCUCGACCUUGGAACACGAAGCCACUGCACUGGCCACGACCACGCCCAAACGCAAGCGACGCCUUACUGAAGAGUUGUCGACGUCAACUCGCAAAUCGGUACGCCGGAUAAGCAACACACCCAAGGCAGUAGCGCAGGUAGACGAGUCUGUGGGCGAUAUGGGCGUUAUAGUGGAAGAGGAGGAUGCCGUGCAGCUGGAAGACAACAAAUUGCCAGCAGAUGAGGAUUAUGGCAACGAGCUGCCAUCUGAUGCGAUUGAUGAACCGGACAGAAUUGAUUACCAUGGUAUGCGAGAGCUGCUGAAGACACCCAAAAGCUGCAGUACGCCACGUUUCAAGGGAUUGCGUGAGAUGAUGCGCACUCCCAAGGCACCAGCUUCACCCGUGCUAGACCACAUUGAGGAGCUGUUGGAAGGGGAUUCAAAUGAUGCAAGCGCUACGCCUAAGCGUCAAGUGACCGUAAGCCGUGUGAGCCUGGAGCUAACCCGACCUGAAACGCAGGACUUGUACUUCAAAACUCCGAGUGGUAAGCAUCUAAUGAUACCAAAUGAUCCGGCCAGUGCAGUGCUCAAAUCACGCGAAGAUUCAUUGGCAGCCACUACAGAAUACGAUUUAAAUGCAACAAAUGCAACCGUCCACUUGGACAAGAUCUUUGAUGAUAUGCUCACUGCGGAAACGACAAAUCCAAUCGAGGGCUCCGAGGUCGAGAUAAAUGUGACUACUGUAAGCACUGUCAGCGACACUGUAGCUGAUCCCUUGGCGUCUUCUUUGGGGCCAAGUGACACUGUCAACUCCGAGGCACUAAUGACAAUUGGCGAUAUGGAUGAGAGUCAUCGAGACCCUCUAACAAGCACUGCAUUUAAACCUGGUGCUCAAGCUGAUGCUAAUGAGCGUUAUUUGGAUACAGGAAAAUCAUCAAGCAUUUGCGAAAUGAGUGGUAUACAGAUGCUCGAUCAGACAUCAGAUUCUAUGUUCUCGGAGCCACUGAUUGUCACCGGCGUGGACUCAGCUGACGUCACAUUGGAGGAAACAAAAGCAACAGGGACUGUUAAGGCAUGUACACCAAGGAAGAGCAUUUUGGAGGAUUGCUCUGAUACAGAUUCGAUGGUAGGCUUGGCUGAGCCUCUAGUAGUGAGCGACGAUGAAGACGACAUAGAAGUUGAUCCAGAGAAGCCAAAUGUAAACGCAUCUGUUGCUCAAAUAGAAAAUUCUCAGGAUGAAAGUGAAACUUCUAACAGAGAUAGAGCUGAGAGCUCAUCUGUCCAAGUGCAAGAUCCGAGCGUAAACACAGCAUUUACUUUGGAUAAUUCACAGAAAAACGAACAGGAACCUGAACCCUCAAUUAUCGAAGAAUUGUCAAUACAACUUGAAGUAUCUAGUCAAACUAUAUCCCGGAUUGACUUAGAGGCAACUAACGUCGAUGCAACGUUGGAUAUGUCUGUUGAUAAUAGAAAAUCUACGAUUUAUGCUCUUAAUACUAGCGAAGCCCAAAAGAGUGAGAAGCUGACGACUGGUUCAGAAUCUUUCAUAAACGAUUUGAGUAGAGGGCAAGAGGAAUCGACAACUGGGGAAUCUGUAAGCCAUGAAAUAAGUGAAAUUCCCGAAGAAGAUGAAAUUUCCAUGAUUGAGUUAGAGUCUUCAAAUGCAGCUGCAAGUAAUACAACAAUUAAAGACAAUGGAAAUGAAGUGGAAGAUGUCGCUUCUCCUGUACAAGAAUUACCAAUCUUGACGAACGAAAAUAAAGAGGCUCUCAACUGUGAGAUGUCCAGCGAAAAUAAGAUUGAAAAGGACCAAACUCCUGAAGCAAUAUCAAACACAGAUAUAAAAUGUUUGAGGAAUGAUAUUACGAAUAAAGCUGAAAUAUCAGAUAAAGAACAAAUAGAACAAUUGCAAAUCCCAGAUGUAAAUGUCAACGUUUUGGAAGCUACAACUUCCCCUCUGGAUAUUAUAGACUCGAACGAGACCAAUUUAAAUACUUCAGAUAAGGAAAAUCUUGAAGUGGAACUGAAGGAACUGACAACAAAAUGUGAAGAUAAAAAAGAAAUUGACAAAACUAGAACACCGGAGGACGUUAAAAGUCGGGAUACUCAUUUGGAUGAGUCAGUAAUUGAAUUCGAUGUCUCUGUGCUUGCAGAAAAUGAUGAAACAGAGAAACAACUUCCAGAAGUCACAGAAACCACGCAUAUUAAAAAAGAAAAUGAAACAACUGCAGCAACAGUAGACACAGUUGAAACUCAGAAUUCCGAUGCAGACGAAUCUAUUGUAGAACUUGAUGCCUCUCUGCGAGCAGAGAUUGACGUAGAUCAGCAAUUAGAGGAGCAAUUUCCAGAAAUUAUAAAACCGUCGUCCAUUAAAAAUGAAAUUAAGGAAACUGCAAGAGUUGAAAACCUGGACUCCAAUGUAGACGAAUCGAUAAUUGAACUUGAUGCAUCUGUGCUAGCGGAAAAUGAUGUAGAUCAACAAUUAGAGGAGCAACUUCCGGAAAUCGUAAAAACAACGUCUACAGAAAGCGACAUUGAAGCACUAGCAGGAGAUAUAGCUAGUGCUCAGGAUAUUGUUCUGGAAGAGUCUAUAAUUGAACUUGAUACGUCUAUGCUCGCAGACGAUAAUGAUGUAAAAGAACUUCCUAUGGAAACGAGUACAACAUCACCUAUUCUUAAGCCAAAAGCAACUGAAGUUCGAGCUGUGGGUGUAGUUGAAACGACAUCAAAAGCUGAAACAAUAUCAACGGAAAUCGCUGAAGAUGCGAUGAAUAAGGCCGAGUCUUCCGAAUCUAACAAAAAUGAAUCUCUACUUAUUCAAGAAGCUUCUAGCGAAACUGAGUGGGCUCAAAAACCAUCGCUAGACCAAGAUUUAUGCCUUUCGGAAAAUUACACAGAAAAAACUGCCUGUCAAGAUAUUCUUGAAGAGAAUGCCACAAAUCAGAAUGAUUCGCUCGUUCAGCAGGAUGAUAAAAAUCAAAAUGAAUUAUAUAUUUCAUCUGAUGAUAUCUUGCCUAGAUCUUCAGGAGAAUCCUUAGCGGACACAAGUGCAUCUCCUGCUGCCAAUGUAAAUAAGUCACUGAUUGAAAUCGACGCAUCAAAUGCAACAACAGAAGGGGAAGACAAUAAGGAAGAGUCACAUGCCAAAGCCCAGACCGCCGUAACAUCAGAAUCGUCAGAGGACACGAUAUCAUCAACUCGUGCAUCGGUCGGCGAAAACGAUAAGAUAGUACAGCAUCCAAUUGAAAAUACUAUUGUAUUAACAUCAUCUCAGCCUGAAAAUGAUGAGAAGUUGAAUGCUUCUCUUGUACCUGAAGUUGACAAAGCUUUAGAAGAACAACAGAUGGAAAAUGCGACUAAUAAGCCUGUUGAUGUACCAAAUAAGGAAACAGCUAUCAAAGAUUCGUCAGCCACAACCCAAGAAAAAGAAGACACUAUUGAUACCACAAAAGAUGAAAAUGCAACUCAUUUGAAGUAUGUUGAGGAAAUAACAGCUAUCGUAGAUUCCUCUGCCUCGACUCAAGAUAUAGAAAAAGCCCUGGAUACGACGAAAGAUGAAAAUGCAACAAAUGUUAAAUCAGAUGAUGUGCCGAGAGAGAAAACGCCAGCUAUCGCAGAUUCUACGGCCCCAACCCAAAACGAACAGGAAACUCUGCAUACGACAAUAGAUGAAAUUGCGACAAAUGGUAAAUCAAAUGAUAUGCCGAAUGAGGAAACAACAGCUAUUGAUGAUUCCACAGACAUGACCUUAGACAAAGAAGAAACCUUAAAUUCGACGAAAGAUGAAAAUACAACUAAUUUAAACUCAGAUGAUUUGCCGCACGAAGAAAUGCCAGCUAUUAAAGAUUCUUCAGCUUCAACCUUAGACAAAGAAGAAUCUCCUGAUACGCUUUUGGAUGAUUCAAUAGCAAAUCAGCCAGCUCGUCAAAGCCUAGAUGACGUUUCAAAGGACAUAUCAACUCAAAAUGCAGAUGAGAAUGAAGUUGCAUUAGAUACUCCAUUAACAACUGAAGAAAACGAAAAAGAGGACGCGAAAUCAAGUCCUAUCGCAGAAUUGGCUAAGGUGCCAUUGACACAUAAUGAUGUAACGAUGGGUCUUGUAGAAAAAGAAGAAUAUGAGGAUAAAAAGUCACCAGGCCCUAUUCCAGAGACCGUACUACAAACUAACGAGGCAAAUGCCACUAUUGAACCUACAACACGUGAAUCUUCAGCUAAGGAAAGUGAAACUGUAACUAUGUUUGAAAAAGAGCUCGGAAAAAAUAAUCAAAUCCAAAUUGAAGUUGAAGCUACAAGCACUAAGAACUCGACUAUGGGAGAAGAAGACGAUAAAGUUUCAUUCACAAAAGAUACAGCCGAAGAACCCAAGAAACAAGUUGAUGGUAUUAUUGAUUUGGAUGCCAACUGCUUGGCUAAAAAUGAUAUUGAACUUGUAGCAAAUAAAGAUGAAAGUGUAGUAAUGGAUAUUGAGCAGAAUGAAGAUGUAAGCGCCAAUAAACCAGAUGUUCAGGAUGCGUCUAAAGCUGAUAAAAUGGAAGAUCAUCAAGGAAAUGAAAGAACACAAGUUGAGCAAUUGAAAACUAGGAAAACUAUUGAAACUGGAACAGAACAGGCGAAUUCUUCAUCCCAGGAUGAAAGUCAUGAAAUUGAAGACGAAAAUGAACCUGUAAAAAUACCUACAGACGCUGCUCCAACUGAGAUAGAGGGAGUAAUUGAAUUGGAUGAUUCUACAAUCGACUCUAACUCUAUAACUGAUCCCAGCUCUUCUGAAAUUCAAUCUACUGAAGAAGCAGCUGUGAUUGAACUAGACGAUUCAACUGCGGAAUCUAGCUCUAUCGCCGAACCUAAAUGUUCCAUUGGAGAUGAUGGGGUAAUUGAACUAAACGAUUCCUCAACUGAUUCCAACUCGAUGAGAGACCAACAAAGUUUAUACAGAAAAGCGGGAAUACCUACGCUUAAUCAACCACUAGAACAAGUAUCAGUUGAAAUCUCUGAAGAAAGCACUUCGACUUCUACGCCCACACACGAAACUGUCGUUCAGAAUACAACUGAUAAACAGGUAGGCCACAUCGUCGAACAGCAAUCAGUUUCUGAAUUGAAGCAAGUGGAGAUAGUGGCUGCUAAGGUACAGCCAGCGGAUAUAGCUGAAAAUUCAGAGAGUAAAAUAGAGGAGGAGCUCGCGAAGGAUCAACCUCAAAGUGAAUCUUCUGAGUUAGGAAACGCAACGCCCGCUUUGAAUGAAAAUCAGACCAAACAAAGCGAGCGUUUGUCCAAAGAUUUGUUUGCUGAUAUUAUGGAGAAUGACCAUGUGGAAGCUGCUGUUGUUAAUCAAGCAACGAUUACGGCAGAAACAUUAAAUAAUAAGCCCCUGCUGACUGAGGGUUUGGAAAAACAUAUGGGAAAUACUUCGGAAGUUGUGGAAAAUGAAAAGCAACUGGACAAAGUGAUCGAAGUAGCAAAUGAAAAGGUUAAAGCAGACAACACCAAAGAGCAGGGGCGUACAUCUCCAUUAGAUAUUGCUGAAAAUUGUGAGCCUUUAGAAGAUAAUCACAAUGAUAAAGCAAUCGUGGAAGCUAUCGAAACUCAUACAGAAAACCAAUUGAAAUUACGUGGAAGAAAAUCAAUUGAUACAGAAGAAAAAAUUACAGAAACUGUUGCGCAAAUAGAAAUUAUGGCUGAAGAACCAAGCCACCUUCAGCAACCAAAGCGUCGUGGCAGGAAAGCAACAGUGGAAAUCGAUGAAAAGAAAUUGGAAGAAACGGUCACUCAUGAAGAGAUACCUGAGCAGCGGUCUAAAUCAAAUCGGCGUGGAAGAAAACCAACAGUCGAGACAGAAGAAAAAGAAGCAGAGAAGACUGUACAGCAAAUUGAUAAUGAAAGUAAACAACAAAAGUUGGUAGAGUCACAUCAUUCCAUUAGAUCAACACGCCGUGGAAGAAAAUCAGUUGAUGCUGAGGAAAACAAACAUCAGAAUACAGUCGAAGAUGCUACUAUAAAACAUACCGAAGUUAAAUCAGAUGAACAAAAUGAUCUAAACAAACCGAAGCGUCGGGCAAACAAAGAAGCAGCAAAAACUAUAGCGGUUGAAAAGAAAAUAGAAGAGCCAACUGCGGAAGAAACUGUUGAUGCUGACGAUAAGAAGCCUAACAUAGUCCCAGAGGAAGAUAUUGAACAUAUAGAGACGAAGUCUGAAGAACAGAGCGAUCAACCUAAAUCGAAGCGUCGACCAAGAAAAGCAACUGUAGAUCAAACUGAAUCGACAGAGAAGAAACUCGAGGAGACAGUUGAUAAGAUUGUUGAUAAGCCUAAAUCAAAACGUGGAAGGAAACCUACACAUGAUGACAGUAAAGAACACGCAGGGGACAAAUCGGAAGAAGAAAAUGCGGCGAAAGCGAAAGACCUGCAUAAGCCUAGAACGAGACGCGGCCAAAAGCCAACGACAACAGAACUUGAAUCAAAGGAAACCCCGGAGCAAGAGAAACUUGUUGAAGACACAAGUGACUUGGACAGACCCAUUGUACAUGAUGAAACCCCCACUACGACUGUUGAAGAAAUGGCAGAGAAGACAUCCACAGACACUGAGAAGCCAAAGCGACGUGGGCGUAAGCCAUCCGCUGAAGUUGUUGCCGUCGAAGUGUUUGAGCCCGUGAAGCCCAAUGAAGAGCCUAUCAAAGAGAAGCCCAAGCGGCGAGGACGCAAAGCAUCUGCAGAGGAAACACAUGAACUGCCGGAGCGCAAAACGACGCGAAAUACUCGGAAGGCUUCUGCGGAAACUGUGGAGCAACACGAGCCAGCCAAGGAAGCCAUGGACGUUAUUGAAGAAGCUGAGGAACCAUUGUCGAAGAUUCUGCGCGUGGAAGAACCAGCUGCAUCAACAACGCCCAUAAUCCGAAGACGUGGUCGCCGCCAGUCUGUUAACGCAGAGGAUGCUCCGCCACAAGACUUGGUUGUGGCAACCAGCUCGCGGCGUGGACGCAAAGCCACAACUGAUACAGAGACGCCAGCUGAGCCUGCUGAGGUGAAGCCAAAACGACGCGGUCGCAAGGCGUCUGCCGAUGAAACUCACACGGACGACGCGGAGCCAGCUAAGAAACUAGCUAAACGUGGUCGCAAACCCAGCGCUGAAGUGGAGCAUCAUGACUCAGAUGCAACGGAACCUGCAGUGGAGAAGAAGACGGCCAUGCGACGAGUCCGCAAGGCUUCAGUUCAAAUGGAUACACCAACAUUGGCGAAGAAAGCAACUGCACGACGUGGACGCAAAGCGUCCGUGGCUGAGGAACAACUGGAGGUGCCCAAGGACCUGCCGGAAUCGUCUGCAGUUAUUGUGGCUGCAUCAUCACCACGACCACAGCCACCUAGCUCAGAGGAUGAACUGACCCCGCGCCGUCGCGAAGGGCGGAAUUUGCCACGCAAAAAUUAUGAUGAAACAUCGGAUGAGGAUAAGCGGGGCUCCACGUCGUCGCCGCGUCGUGCACGUAAGCCAGCAGCUAGCAAAGCGGCCAGUAAAGCAGCUGGUGCCGUAACACCACCCGUAGCGAAGCCCACCACUCCGAUUCCAAGCACCAAGCAGGAGGCGAUUGUCGAGUCCACAGUGGAGCCUUUGGUACCCCAUACGCCGACUGGGCCACCUGUUGUACUGCCAGAGCCAACUAGCUCUCAGCGACGUGAAGGGCGUAAUGUGCCGCGCAAGAACUAUAAUGAGACCUCGGAUGAUGACAAACCAGGCACCUCACGUGCACGUCGGGUUCGACAGCCAACGGUCAAGGCCUUGGAGCUACUAGUCGAUACAGCAGCAGCUGCGCAACGUCCCGUAACGCCAAGGCGGCGCAAGGCCAAAGAUGACGGUGAUCAGCCGUCAGAGAAGAAACCCUUAACAGACCAAGGAACGCCUAUUACGGCCACCAAAUCGCGGGCUGGAGGUCGUCGCAAAGCUCCCGAUCCAGCUGAUGUAGCAGAGGUUGUCUCCGUUGCCCUGUCAACUGGCAAACGCGUUGCACGCAGCCGCAAAGACAGUGCCGCCAGUAAUCAGCACGAAGAACAGGUGGAACAGGAAUUGGCGCCGGAGCCGGAAGCGGAGCCUAAACAGACAACCAAGCGCAAUGCACGCGGCAAAGGUAAAUCUGCGGUAGCUGAAGAGGAGGCAACAGAUGAGCCGGCUACCAAAAAGCCGCGGGGCAAGACGCCGAUCUUGGUCACGCAUGUGGAAGUGGUACCAACAGAAGAAUCGACCGCCAAGCGAGCGCCUGCUUCGCGUGGCCGUGCCGCACGAACCGUAAAAGCCGUCGAGGAUAAUGUGGAUGGUGCGCCAGAGACGACGGCGCCAGCACGCGCCGGACGCGGUCGCAAGGUACACUUCGAGGCGACGGAGGAGGCAACGACUGCAGCGAGCGCAGCAGCGCAGGCAGAGGCGCCCACACGUUCGACACGGUCUCGCCGCAAAUAGAUUCCAUUACCUAAAUAUCUUAAAUUUUAAACUCUUUUUUUAUGUUUAUUGUUUAUGCCUCCUGUGUACAAAAAAGGUUUACAGCAUGGUAAUAUAUAUGUAACUACGUAUUGUUAAUUUUUAAGUUAAAAAAAUAAAAUUAAAUUAAAAAAUAUCUGAAAGUUGACAGAGAGAUGGAGAAGGAAAGUCGGAGCUCAAGCAUGCAUACAUAAUGAAUACAUACUUUAACAAACCUUAAUUUCUAGAUAUACAUAAUUAAACAAUGCAUAUGAAUACUUAUAUAAAUAUAUACAUAAAUAAAUAGCUUAGCUUGUAAGAAU